UGGGCGUUGUUGAAUUGUUUCAUUUUUGUUUUCUUUUCUGACAGAAUUAUAAUUUUUAAUUCCUAGUUAUUUACAAGUUUAAAAACAUUUGUUUUUUGUGGAGCAAUACUUAGAAUGUCAGUUUAUACACUGAUCGUUUUAGCACUUCUAGCCGUGCGUGAAGGUUCAGCAAUAUGGUGCUAUCGUUGCACAUCGGCCACUCCAGGUUGUGCAGAGAAAUUCAACUGGCGUGGUAUAGGAUUUCUUGGUGAACAAUGUCCUGAAAGCAAUGAUAUAUGCGUUAAAGUAAUUGAGAAGCGUGGAGCACAAGAGACAAUAACGCGUGACUGCCUGAGUGCCUUAAGUUUUCGUACGGACAUACCUGCUGAUAAAUACGAAGGAUGCCGACCAGCUGCCCAGGAUGUACGUUUAGCACACUACGUCAAUCACACAGUAAAGGAGCAUGAUGUUAAGCGUGAUUACUUUAGUGAUGUCACAUUCUGCUUCUGUUUCCUUGAUCAUCGUUGCAACGGCGCUGAAACAUCGGUGACCAGUUCAAUAGCUCUUUUGGUAAGCGGCAGCAUAGUGUUGCUGUUGGCACGAAAAUUGAUGUCCGAAAUGAAUUCAAUGAGUUGAAAAUCUGGUUUAGUAGCGUAAAAAUGUCUAAGUACGAUAUGAAAUAGUUUACCAGAAGUGCCUUUGCGAACUAGUUGCAGUUUCAAGAAAGUAACUGCCCAAAUAUUCCAUAGAGCAGAAUUUUAAAAUUUAUAUUUGAAAAAUAUAAUAAUCGAAUAAUUAAGCAAAUCGAAAUAUUUACUGUAACACAUUCCGACCAAGUGCAAAUUUUACAUUUUAGAGGUGUUUUAUAUUGACUCGAAUAAUACAUACAUAUGUAGUUAAGCUUAAAAUAUAUGUACAUAUAUGCAAGUCUCGUAGCCGUCCAAUUGAAUUAAAUGAAUGUAUAAUUUCGUAAAUGUAUUUAUUAAGCGAAAGUGUGCCCAAUCGAAUAAAAAAAUUAUAUAAA